AUGCUUGUUUUGACUGAAGUCGCCAGAACCGCUGCUCAACCGGCUCCCAAACUGCUGUUCCCGCUGCUCGGACCGCCGUUCCCGCUGCUCGGACCGCCGUUCCCGCUGCUCAAACAACCGCUCAAACCGCUCCUGCUGCUCGGCCUGCCAUUCCCGCUGCUCCUGCUGCUCGUCCCGCCGUUUCCGCUGCUCCUGCUGCUUCCCCCUACAACGGCGGGGGCAGCAGGAUCAGCAGGCCAAGCAGCAGGAGCAGCGGGAAUGGCAGGCCGAGCAGCAGGAGCGCUUCGAGCAGUUGUCCAAGCAGCGGGAAUGGCGGUCCGAGCAGCGUACUAA